AGAGACGAUUUUCGUUUCUGACGCGUCGAACCGCUUUUACCCGAACGACGUCCGAAGUCAACGACACGGUCGUUCGUUUCCAGUUCGCUCGACUUUGCGCGUGACCGACGUUUCCGGUCGAUUUAGAGGUUACGACUCCGGUUUCUAUCGGAUGAGACGCGUAAACGGCGAUCAUGUGUCUGAGGAUAAACCGCUUCUGUUGCUUCGACGACACCAGAAAAGGAUCGACGGCCUGCGCCUUCUACACGGGUGUAUUAUCCGUCGGAGGAAUCGUGGGAAAUUCCGUAAUUCUCGGUUUAUUCGAUAAAUACAAACGAAAGAUAUACGAUUUUAAUAAUGGAAAACUAGAUUACGACGGAAUAAAAUUGUACGUCCUGAUAACUUUAUCGUCGUCGGUGAUGUUUCUGGCCGCCAGCGCGUUUCUGUUAAUCGCCGUUAAAAAGGAGAAACGUCUGUUGAUGAUUCCUUGGAUGAUCUGGAUGGCCAUUCUGAUAAGCGCUCAAUUAUCCACCGUCGUCUUUCUAUUAUUUGUAAUCACUGCCAGUCCGAAGAUUCUUCUUCAAUGCCUAAUCAUCGUCGUCUUCUGUCUGGUAAACUCGUAUUGUUUCUCUUGCGUCUAUUCGCAAUACAGGACUCUACGAGAAGCUCGAUAUUCUACCCCGACGGAUAAACUUUAGUUUUUCGUUUUCGUCCGCGCUAACGAAAACGUCGAG